AUGAACGGAACUGAAACAGUGGGGAAUGACGUCUCCAUGGAAAGAAACUCCUCUGAACCUGAUGGAGUCGACAUACCACGCUUCAAUGUGACACUCUCUCUAGGCUUUCUGAAAGUCCUGCGCCUUGACUGGGAUGACGAGCGGCUCGUAUGGGAUCCCGCAGAGCACUGUGGAAUCAAAUACAUUCACGUGCCUUCGAGCGAAGUCUGGAUCCCAGAGGUGACCGUGACUCAGGCGUAG